UGACAGACGCGAAAGCAAACUGCAAUGGAGGUGAAUGUCACUUGGUGAAGAAAAUGCACAUGGCCGAGUGAUGCUGCUGAUACUGCGCCUGACCUGUCAAGAUCGACGAUUGGCUGGACGGAACAACGCCCGGCAUUAGAGAAGACAGGGGGACAAAUGACCUGGUCAUUAUUGGCUGUCGAAUGGAUACGCUGCGACGUUUCAGUCCCCGGCAAAUGCAUUUCUUUUCGCCUGAGAUCGUCAGGGACCACCAGGUACCUAAUCCCGCUAAUUGGUCGCUUGGUCCGCUGGAUUGUCCACAACCCCUUGGCGGCAAAGACGACAAAGGAUCAGAUCGUCUCCGGGUCUUUUAUUUCUCUUCGUUGAAGUCUUUGAUUUGGUCAUGCAACCCCUUUCAGGGGGGAUACCCCUUGAGACUCCUUUUUACUGAAAAGCUUGGAAUUGAUCCACCGUUUCACCACACCGACUUCUGCCAAUCCCUCUAUCGCACCAGCCAUAGGGUCGCCACGAUGCCACGCGCGCUAGAGACGUCUGCCCAGGACAUGCCAAGGUAUGGAUGGACGGCAGGGAGGGGCCCGCCGCUAGAGGUGGAGAAGCUCCACGACAUAAACGAAUAUGACAGCGACCGUGGGACAAUGGGGCCGAAUCCACCACCCCCUCCCCCUUUGCUCCCGCUCACGAUGGUGCCUCCAUGAUACAAUUGUCGUAGUUAAUCCACCCUGUUCCUCUCUUUCUUUUUUUCUCGUGUUCUUGCCAUCGUGCUCUGCUUUUCCAUCGUUGCGUGCGCGUGUGUACUCUGUCGCUCCUUUCGACCAUUGUGCUGCUCUGAAAGCCUGGUGCUUUGUGUUCGCUCAUUUAGCACAUCAAUAACAUUUCUACACGCUCACACGUUGUUUGGCAAUUGGUUGAAUACUGCAAUCUCCGCAUUGACAACUACCAACCCCUU